CACCAUACACGUGAAUUGCCUGUUCUGCUCAGCUGCAGAUUCAAACUCGUUCCCGAACAAGAAGAUGUUGGCCUACCACCAUCAUAGAAAUCCUGCAGAAUAUAGAUGAGCAAGGAGAAUGUGGAAGCACAGAGGGGUAGGGGAGGAGCUGCGGGAGAAGAGAGUUAAGGGGUUAGUUUAUUUUUUGGGAAAGAGGGGAUGCCAAAAAGGGAGACUCGUGAGCAUCAAAUCCCGAGUUUGACUGACUCGGCAAUGGAGAGACAGUAAGGAGAAAAAGGAGGAAAAGAAAGAAAAGGUUUUGCUUUGUUAAAUCUUUGGUAAUCGAACUAUUACUUUCCUUCUUACGAGUGAAGAUGGAAGCAGACAAACCCUCCAAAGCACCAUUAGAUUAAUUAAUUAGGCGCUAAAUGUUUCUCCUUUGCCUCCUCGCCUUUUCUUCCGCCUUGGCUGGUGUCUUCGCUUCUCCUUCCCCUCCUCCUCUUGCCACAAACCUCUUCUCUCACUAAAUCCUGCCUGAAUCCGUUUCUCUGCAACCAUCAAAAUCCUUUUCUGGUUGGUUCUGGUUGCCCUAGCCAUUUCUUUGUAGGAUCGUUCGAGAUCGAUGCCUACACCUCGUGAGGAUUCUUGAUUUUUCAGGUGCCGGGGAUCUUGGAGUGAUCUCAAAAUCUGAUCUUUCUUCUGCGCCGUCGGCGGCUCGAUGAAGGCCUUCAUCAAGGUUUCUGUUUACGUUGCCAGCGGUCCUCAGAUGUGAAGGCUCGCGAAGCCGAGGAGGAAGAGGAGCAACGAUUCUAAAAAGGAGUCUUCUGUGUUCCUUCCCACAGUCUCGAGCAAUGGAAAGCGACAGCUUCGCCUUCCUCUUCCUCUUCUUGAUAACCUUAACUGCUUUCCCUUCGUCCAUGGCGGCACCUGAGGAGGUCUCUGCUUUGAUCCGAUUCAAGCGCUCGUCAGUUGACUCCGAUCCGAAGGGCUUCCUGCAGAACUGGACGGUUGAUGGUUUUGAUUCCGGCAGCAGCUGGUGUUCGUGGACCGGCGUCGUGUGCUCGGCAGCCGACGGCCGGGCUCGCAGCUUAAAUCUCAGCAACAUGGGCCUCACUGGCCGCCUUAACCUCGAGCAUCUCAUGGCGCUUCCGAGCCUCCGCUAUCUCAAUCUCCGCGGGAACUCCUUUUACGGCAACCUCUCGUACAGCAGCACGGCAUCGUCACUUCCCUGCGGCUUCGAGACGGUGGACUUAUCGUCGAACACUUUCAACGAGACCAUUCCCUCCAAGUUCUUGUCCUCCUGUCCGCGCCUGGUUUCUCUCAACCUGUCGAGGAACUCGAUCCAUGGCGGGAUCUUUCCAUUCGAGGCUUCCAUACGGGAGCUCGAUCUGUCUCGCAACCGAAUCUCCGAUUACGGGCUGCUCAACUACUCCCUCUCGAGCUGCAGCGGCCUCAGCUACCUCAACUUCUCCGACAACAAGCUCACCGGGAGGAUGGGGGACGUGCCUACCUGCACGAACCUCACGUUCCUCGACCUCUCCUACAACAACCUCUCUGGGGAUUUCUCGACCUUCGACUUGGGGACCUGCGGCAGUAUGAUGGUGCUGGACUUGUCCUACAAUGGGCUCAAUGGCACUGCGCUGCCCCUGAGCUUGGCCAGCUGCCGUAAGCUUGAGGAGCUCAACCUCUCGGGCAACAAUUUCACUGGCGAGAUCCCAUCGUUCUGGAAGAACUUUGUGAGUUUGCAGCGUUUGUCAUUGGCAAACAAUCGGUUUUCUGGUGAAAUCCCGCCUGAGUUGGGUCAAACAUGUGGGACUCUGGUGGAGCUCAACCUCGCUGGCAAUGGCCUCACCGGUGGCCUGCUGUCGACGUUUGUCUCAUGCUCUUCGCUCCAAAGACUGGACCUCGGAAAUAACCAGCUCUCAGGCGAUUUCAUCGAGCAUGUCAUUAGUACUCUGCCUGCUCUGAGAUAUCUCCACCUCCCAUUCAACAAUAUCAGUGGCCCCGUGCCGUUGAUGGCACUGACCAGUUGUUCACUGCUUGAAGUUAUUGAUCUCGGCUCCAAUGAGUUCACUGGUGAAAUCCCCACUGGGCUAUGCUCAUCUCUUCCAAACCUUGAGAGGAUCUUGUUGCCCAAUAAUUUUCUCUCAGGAGCAAUGCCUCUUGAUCUUGGUAAUUGUACUAAUCUUCGGUCACUCGAUCUUAGCUUCAAUGAGCUGAACGGGCCGGUUCCCCCAGGGAUCUGGUCGCUUCCGAAGCUUGUGGAUUUGGUGAUCUGGGCCAACAAUCUCUCUGGUGAAAUACCAGAAAGCCUCUGUUCAAACAGCACCAGCUUGGAGACGCUAAUUCUCAGCUACAACAUGCUCACUGGUAGCAUUCCGUCGUCACUUACCAAGUGCGUGAAUCUUGUAUGGGUCUCGCUCUCUGGCAACCGCCUCACAGGAAGGAUCCCCAGUCGUAUUGGGAGGCUCCAGAGCCUUGCAAUUCUCCAAUUGGGUAACAACAAUCUCACGGGGGAGAUACCACCGGAGUUCGGUAGCUGUCAGAACCUCAUAUGGCUUGACCUUGCAAGCAAUCGCCUUAGCGGCCCUAUUCCUGGAACACUGGCAUCACAAGCUGGGCUUAUAGUCCCAGGCAUUGUCUCCGGCAAGCAAUUUGCAUUCUUGAGAAACGAGGCUGGGAACAUAUGUCCAGGGGCCGGCGUGCUCUUCGAAUUUGAGGAUAUCCGGCCCGAGAGAUUGGCCAACUUCCCUUUGGUGCAUUCUUGCCCUGCCACUAGAAUUUACACUGGGACAACAGUCUAUUCUUUUCCGGGCAAUGGAAGUAUGAUCUACCUGGACCUCUCCUACAAUUCGCUCUCAGGGACCAUCCCAGAGAAAUUUGGGUCAAUGGACUAUCUCCAAGUUCUAAAUUUGGGGCACAAUGAGCUUACAGGGACCAUACCUGAGACUUUUGGUGGCUUAAGAAUGAUCGGCGUGCUUGAUCUCUCCCACAACCAUCUCACUGGAAACAUCCCUGGAGCGCUGGGCAGCCUCACAUUCCUGAGUGACAUGGAUGUCUCAAACAACAAUCUCAGUGGACCGAUUCCGACCACAGGCCAGCUUACAACAUUUCCGCCAACACGCUAUGAGAACAAUUCUGGCCUUUGUGCCCUUCCCUUGCCCCCCUGUGGAGCCAAAGCCAGCAACCAUGACUUCUAUUAUGAUUCUGGUGGGAGGAGAUUCUUUGGUUGGAGCAUUCUUAUCGGCAUUGUGUUUUCUGUGCUCAUUGUAUUCUUACUCUUGCUCGCCCUCUACAAGAUGAAAAAGCACCAGAAGACUGACGAGUUGAGAGUUGGUUAUGUUGAGAGUCUCCCCACCUCUGGUACCACUAGUUGGAAGCUGUCUGGUGUUCUCGAGCCUCUCAGCAUCAAUGUUGCCACUUUCGAGAAGCCUUUAAGGAAGCUUACUUUUGCCCACCUCCUCGAGGCCACCAAUGGCUUCAGUGCUGACAGUUUAAUCGGUUCUGGUGGGUUUGGAGAAGUCUAUAAGGCUCGACUCAAGGAUGGAAGUGUUGUUGCAAUCAAGAAGCUGAUACAUGUCACCGGCCAGGGGGAUCGGGAGUUCACUGCUGAGAUGGAGACUAUUGGCAAAAUUAAGCACCGAAAUCUUGUACCUCUGCUGGGCUAUUGCAAGAUUGGCGAAGAGAGGCUUUUGGUUUAUGAGUACAUGAAGUUUGGAAGCUUAGAUAUGGUUCUCCAUGACAAGAGCAAGGGUGGAGCCACCAAGCUGGAUUGGGGAGGAAGGAAAAAGAUUGCAAUUGGGUCAGCAAGGGGGCUUGCUUUUCUUCACCACAGUUGCGUACCUCAUAUCAUACACCGGGACAUGAAGUCCAGCAAUGUGCUAUUAGAUGAGAACUUGGAAGCCCGGGUAUCAGAUUUUGGAAUGGCGAGACUUAUGAAUGCUCUUGACACCCAUCUCAGCGUGAGCACUCUUGUUGGUACACCAGGCUAUGUGCCACCUGAAUACUACCAGAGUUUUAGAUGCACGACAAAGGGGGACGUGUAUAGCUACGGAGUGGUGCUUUUGGAGCUCUUGUCGGGGAAGAAACCUAUCGACCCAUUGGAGUUUGGUGACAACAACCUUGUUGGCUGGGCUAAGCAAUUGGUGAAGGAGAACAGAUGCAGUGAGAUUUUUGAUCCAGAUUUGAUGGGGAAGAAGUUAGGGGAUGCCGAACUCUACCAGUAUUUGAAGAUUGCCUUUGAGUGUUUGGACGAUCAACCGCUUCGUAGGCCAACUAUGAUUCAAGUCAUGGCAAUGUUUAAAGAGCUUCAGGUUGACACCGAUAGUGAUUUCCUUGAUACGUAUUCCAUCGGACGAGCCAUCAUUGAUGAAUCAAGAGAAAAAGCACCUUAAUCUCUUCCAGGGUCACACAGCUGCAAAUUUUGUUUCAACAAAGAUGGGGUGGUGACCAUCUAUGACAUCUAUGAUCAUCGCAGCAGCCCUUUAUAUCACACCUGCAGCAUUUUAAUUACUGUAAAUAUGACAAGAAUGUUCCAUUAGGCAGAAAGAGAAACGCAUAAAUCAUAUAGCCUUGUUUUUCAUUGGGAGGAAGGGAAGAAAGGAGAUGUAACCUUAGGUCAUUGCGGAGCUCAGGCCGGUAUACUUCUCUAUUCCUGUCAUAAUGUAUCAAACCACAGUUUUCUGUUCAUCAUUUACAUUUUUGCAAUUGGAUUCAUGGCACUGAACAGGUAUAGCAUUUGUAUA